GUUCGACCCUGCAAAAACACAGUCCGAAGCAGCGCCACCGUCAAACGGAGAAGAAAAUGAAGAAUAUUCCGGUGAUUCUUAUGGGUUGCGGAGGGGUGGGAAGGCAACUACUCCAGCACAUCGUCUCUUGUCGAACUCUUCACGCAAACAAGGGAGUUCGUUUGCGAGUUGUGGGUGUAUGCGAUAGUAAAUCAUGUCUUGUUGCACGAGAUGCGUUAUCUAUGGAACUCAAUGAUACCUUUUUGACGGACAUUUGCCGGAUCAAGUCAGAUGGCUUGCCCUUGCAAACGUGUAUCGACCCUGGUAACUACGAAGCUUUUCCAUAUCCUGAAUCCAUGAGAAAACUCACCGACAUUGCUACUCGUCUAGCUUUUGCACUUAUUGAUUGCUCUGCGAGUUCAGAGACCAUCGAAGUGAUUAACCAGGCAAUAAGCUUGGGGUGCUGUGCGGUGCUAGCCAAUAAGAAGCCUCUUACUUGUUCAAUGGAGGAAUUUGAUAAGCUGUUCAUACAACCACGCCGCAUUAGGCAUGAAUCAACUGUCGGUGCCGGCCUCCCUGUUAUAGCAUCAUUAAAUCGUAUUCUUUCAUCUGGAGACACCAUCUAUCGAAUAAUUGGGAGCUUGAGUGGUACUUUGGGAUAUGUAAUGAGCGAGGUAGAAGAUGGAAAACCAUUCAGUGAAGUUGUUAAAGCUGCUAAAGGCCUUGGCUAUACUGAACCAGAUCCUCGUGAUGAUCUCAGCGGGAUGGAUGUUGCAAGAAAGGGUCUGAUCCUUGCACGACUUCUUGGUCACCGUAUGGACAUGAGUAGCAUCAAGAUUGAAAGUUUGUACCCUGAUAAAAUGGGCCCGAAUGCAAUGCCUCUGGAAGACUUCUUAGUAAAUGGUCUGCCAUCGCUGGAUGACGAUAUUAAAGAGAGAAUCAAGAAAGCUUCUUCAAAUGGGAACGUUCUGCGCUAUGUUUGUGUCAUUGAGAACUCGAGGUGCAACGUUGGAAUUCAAGAACUCCCUAAAGAAUCGGCUUUGGGCAGAUUGAGAGGAAGCGACAAUGUGGUGGAGAUAUACAGUCGAUGUUACAAAGAACAACCGUUGGUGAUACAAGGCGCUGGAGCAGGCAACGACACUACGGCAGCCGGUGUUCUUGCUGAUAUUCUUGAUCUUCAGGAUCUAUUUCCUUAGAAACUUUUUCCUCGUGAAAUUAUUUCCGUUGAAGAUACUUUUGCAAUGCACUCGACUUAUUUGUAACUUGUAAUAGGUCUCGUUGCAAGUGACCAACGAGACAGUGUAAACCUUGAGGGCCAACUCAACUGACAAAUAAAGUCUAAGGCAUAUGGCUCCCGGCAUAGAUCGUUAGUUAGUUUGCUCAGGGUCUUUGGUAUUUUUCUUCCUGUUAUCUCUAGAACCCAUUGGGAUUAAUUGAGGUGUGUGCAAACGUGUAUUCACAAUUACCAAAAAAAAGAUGGGGUUAUGGGUUA